GGACGGCUAGCUGCUUUCUCUUGCCAUUCCUGCCGUCUGUUGGAAAGAGGCUGGAAGCAUGGCUCCGUUCUUCCUCUCCAUUUUUUUCCUGGGCCUUUCAUCCCUGGCCAUGGCUGCCACCUUCACUCCGGUCUACGAGUCGAAUGAGUUGGAGUUUGACUGGCCGUCCGAGGAGAUCAAGACAAAGGCUCUGCAAGAGAAUACUUUCAACCCUUGGCCUAUCAGCUCGGCUGUGUACGGAUCGAGGCUCUUCCUCAGCCUUUCCAACAACGAAAAGGUUCCCGUGACUCUGGUGUCGAUCCCGACCAACAGCGUGUCCACUACACACCCGAAACUCGCUCCAUUCCCAUCGUGGGACAUGAAUUCUGUUGGAUUGAGGGAUUGCAACAAAAUCCAGUUUGCCAAAGGGCUGGAAGUGGACGCCAAUGGCAGGCUGUGGGUGCUGGACGAAGGAACCGAUAGCUGCGAUGCCAAAUUGUGGAUUUUCAACCUGGAAAAGAACGACACGCUCGAACACGUCCAUCAGUUUUCCUUUCCCUAUCUCUUGCACGACCUGGUCCUUGACGAGACUCCCGACGGAUAUUUCGCCUACAUCUCGCGGUUUUAUCGGGAACAAAUCGUCGUCUUUAGCUUGAAGACCAAUCAAUCGUGGGUCGUGGAAACGCCAGACAUGCAAUGGACCGCAAUCGCCCUCGCACCGAAAAAGGGACCCGCGAGACAGGUCUACCUCGGCAAACAGUACGACUACGAACUUCACACGAUUUCUGCUGCUUUGCUGCGGAAUGGAACUGAAACUGCCACCCCGAAAUCAAUUGGAACCUGGACCGCAGAGCCUUAUAGAAUGCUGAUGGACAACCUUGGCACUAUUUACACCACCUUUGAGUCUAAAAACUACACUUCCUCUUUGAAUACUUCCCAGCCGUUCCAGGAGAAGCCUUUCCAUGGGUUCGCCGACUUGGAUUUUACCUGGCCGUUCACUGUUGCCUUGGACCAGAAUGGAACUCUCUGGAUGACCGUGUACGACAAGAAUAUAAAGCCAAAAUAUCGGCUUUUGAAGGCUCCAGUCGGCGUCAAGUCCUACAUCUUCGAGGCUACGCCAGUUUGCUCGGAGACGUGCAACCUGGAGCACGGCGUAUGCCUGGAAGUCGACGACUGCCGUUGCAAGGUCGGCUGGAAGGGUGACAACUGUGACGUGUGCCAACCCUACCCUGGCUGCGUCAACGGCACCUGCGACCAACCCUGGGAGUGCAACUGCCUGCCCGGCUUCCGUGGAAAGCUGUGCAACCUCAAAAACGAGUAAACUUGGAUGUUCGUCCGAGGUUUUCAAUAAAAAUUGAAUGCUCAACCAGUUAAA